AUGAGUCAAAAAUAUUACUUACUUCUACGCCUUUGGUUAAUGCCUUAUACCCACAAACUAUUUUCCUUAGAAAAUGGCUCUUCUCUUAAACAAAUUUCUAUAUCUAUGCAAAACAUGAAGUGUAGUCUAUCAUUUCACAUUGUUUCCAAUUCUUGCAAUGGCUUAGUGUGUUUGUAUUCAGAUUUUGCUUGUGGAAGGGAUGUUUUUCUAUGCAAUCCAACAACAAGGGAAGUGAGGCUUCUUCCAUCAUCAUAUUUGGUCACAAAAGUAAAAGAUGGGACGGUUGUUAGGAUGUGGGUUAGUUACAGCAAAUGUCAUCGUAAUAAGGAGUAUAUUUUUGAAGAAUAUGAUUUGAGAAGUGAUUCUUGGAGAACAAUUCAAAGUGCUAACCCAUGGUCUUGUGAAUUUGACACUUCUUGUUUUGCAAUGUAUUUUAAUGGGAUUUAUUAUUGGUGGGGAAAAAGUAAAGGCUUGACUGAAACAAUCCUUGCAUUGGAUGUGGGAGGUGGGAUUCUUAGCAAGGUAAAAUUGCCAAAAGAUGUUGAUAUUAGUAGUUCAAGUGGAAGAUAUUUGGGUGUUUUAGGUGGGUGUAUAACAUUGGUUUGUCGUAAAUUUGGCGAUCAAAAUGCUAACUUCGACAUUUGGGUGACGGAAGGAGCUGGUGCUGUGAAUUCUUGUUGGAACAAACUUCGAACUAUAAAGCAUAGUUCACUUUGUGUGCCAUUGGGAUUUUGGAAGGGAAAUGAGCUUCUUGUAAAAAUAUUUGAUAAAGUUAGAUCUUAUAAUAUUGAUACAGAGGAAACUUAUGAUCUUAAUAUUGAGAAUGAAGAGAGAGACUUUGCUGACAUAUGUGAAGCUGUGUUUUGUGAAAAGAGCCUAGUUUCAGUCAACCCACAAACAAGGGUUGGAUGUAGUAGAAUGGGAUAUUGA